AUGGAGCAUGAGCCAUAGUCGGCCGCAGAGUUAGCGUAGUCGAAGAUUGCAAGAGAGAGAAUGGAAGAGGAAGAAACAGUGAUAUGCCUAAUUUAAAUCGUCUAAGCGCAUACAAAUCGAUGGAGAAGAUGGAGCGAUUGCGCCGUUACGAAGAAAUCGGAGGAAAAUGUAACGAUUCCAACGUGAGGAGAGCUGAUGUGGAGAUUUUUUCUAGAGCUGCUGUGUUUAAUGGACCAGAUGAGGCUCCUAUGUCGCUUAACGAUCAUGUGUCUGAGGUAAUGGAGAAAGGUGAGUUUGAUGAGAUUGUUGAUAAAGAGAUAUGGAAUGAUUUGGGUGGUGGUGAUGAUUUGGUUUUGAGACGGUCUCAGGUUGAAGCGUUUCUUAGAUUAGCGUUGAGAUGUGUACGAUAUAAGAAGGAAGAUCCAGUGAGUAGUAUGCUUGAAGUUGCUAAAGAGCUCAAAUUGAUUGAGAAACUCUCUUAAUUAGUCUUCCUUCUCUUGUUAGUUUCUUUAUUCUUGAGAGAAUGAUAACUUCUGAGAAGUUUUACUGAUGUCUCAAUGAGUUUGAGUUCUUGUGUUACUAGCUAGUGUUUGUCUUGUUCUAUCAAGAACUCAAAUGUCAAAUAUUGAGCUCAUUUUUCAUUGAUUCCAUUAUCGAAUAAAGACAUAAUCUUGGCAAGCCAAAGAGAGUAGCUUUGCUCGCCUAAGUGUGCAUUUUUUAGUGAUGAUGUCUUAAUGUGUUUGAGUUCUUGUUGCUACUUGUCUUUGUAUUUUUCUUUCAAGAACUCAGAUGUCAAAUGUUGAGCUCAUUUUCUUGAUUGAUUUCGUUCUCGAUUAGUGCAUAAGCCAAAUAGAUAGUAACUUUUUCU